AUGAGAAGUAGAGAGAUUGGGUUGUUAAUUGAUCAGCUUCAGACUCUAUUUUCUUUGCCUUUGUCAACUGCAAAUCAAGAGGAGUGUUCUGCUCUAAAUGCAAAAUUGGAAUGUUCAUUAGCAGAAGAGGAUGCAAACUGGAAGCAGCGUUCCAAAGAUACUUCUAAAGGGAUGGAGGACUUGGUGUUGCACUAUUUUUCCACCAUGUUUGAAUCCAAUGAUAUUAAUUCUAUUCAUAUCAUAAUGUUGUUGAGCUCCUGCAGCCUAAGCACUGAGGGAGUCUUCUCUUUGAAGCUUGAUAUGAGUGAGGCUUAUGAUCGCAUGGAGUUUUCUGGAAGCUGUUCUAUUGAGAUUGGGUUUCACAGAGUCAUGGAUAGGUGUGAUUAUAAAGUGUGUGACAAUUUGAAGUAUGCUUUUUUGGUUAAUGGCCAGCCUAAGGGCCAUUUGACUCCUACUAGGGGACUCAGACAGGGUGAUCCAUUAUCACCUCACCUGUUUCUUCUGUGUAUCGAAGUAUUUUCAGCUUUGCUUGAGCGAAAAGUUAGAAAUGGUGAGCUGCAGGGCAUUAAAGUCUGUGAGGGUGCCCCCAUUAUUCAUCACUUAUUGUUUGCAGAUGACAGUUUGUUGUUUGGGAAAGCUACUUUGCAUGAGUGUCAUCAUAUCCAGAAUGUUCUGCAUAAUUACGAGUUGGCAUCUGGUCAACAAAUUAAUUUUUCUAAGAGCAGUAUUGUUUUCAGUAAGAGAGUUCCUGAGGUGGAUAAUUGUGCUAUAACAGGUUUCUUGGGUGUUUCUAUUGAAGUCGAGCAUGAGAAGUAUCUGGGCUUGCUUAUUUAUUUGGGGAGGAAUCGGACUAAGGCCAUCUCCAGCUGUGGGGGGCUAAAAUAG